AUGAUGACUGAACCAGAAGUUGCACCAUAUGGAGGAUUUUUAAUAAAAUCAUUAGAAGAUGAAUCAGAAAAUUUGAAACAAUUACAACAACAAUCAAUAGAAAUCACUACUAAUCAAGGAACUAUUGAAAUCAUUCGACCUGAAGCCAUUAAAAUCAUUGGUGUUGAUAAUUUAUCAACUAAUGAUAUACAAAAUUAUAUUGAUUAUUAUAUUAAUUAUAUUACCACUAUAAUAAAUCCUGAAACUAAUGAAUUAAAAUAUGAAUUAAUUCCAUUUGAUCAACUGAUUGAAUUUAAAAUUGAAUGGAUUGAUGAUAAUUCUGUUAAUAUAGUUUUCCAAACUAUUAAUGAUUGUUAUAAAAGUUUCCAAAAAAUUAGUGAAUCACCAAUAUUAGAAAAAUUAGGUUCACAAGAAUAUAUUAAUCAAAGUAUAAUUGAACGGAAAGGGAAAUCAUAUAAUCCAAUAAUUGAUUUUAAAAAACAUCAAAAUUUGGCUAAUAGAUUAAAAUUGGCAAAUGAAGCAACUAAUAAUAAUAAUAAUAAUCAAAUAAAAGUUGAAGAUGCCGGUGAUAUGGAAGAAGAUGAAGUGUUUGUAGAAUUAAUUAUUCGUCAAUCAUUUCAACUGGAUAGAAAAAUUAAAAAUGCAUCACAAUAUUCUCGAUAUUAUUUGAUUCAUGGAGAACCAGAAAGAAGAUCACGACCACGGAAACAUCUUGAUCCUCAAAGAAGAAAUAAAUAUCCUGCUGGUUAUAGAUCAAGAAAAAACAAUAAUGAUAAUAAUAUUGGUGAUGAUCAAGAAGAUUUAUUUGCUGAUAAAUUAAAGGGAGAAAGAAAAAGUAGAAGUGAUAAUAGAAAUGUUAAUGAAGAUCACAAUCAUGGCAACGACGAUGGCAACGAUGAUUAUGAUGAUGAUUUAUUUGCUGAUAAAUUGAAACAAUCUAAAAGAGAUAGAUCAAGAUCACCAAUGAGAAUUGAUAAUGAAGAUAUAUCAUAUAGACAAAGAUGA